GAAGAGCCGGGAGCCAUGGGUUUGCGCAGGGUCCGCCGGGUCUGGCGCGGCGGAGCUCGCCGGGUACGGGUCGUCGGGCACGGGCGGGGCGGGGCGGUCCCACCCCCGCGGGCGGAGCCGGGUCCGGUGGACAAGAUGGCGGCGGGCCUGAGGGCGGUGAGGCGCUGGCGGCUGGUGGCGGCAGCGCCCAGCCUUGCUUUUACUCGUUCUGCAUUUGUUGUGAGACAACCGAAUAAUGCCCAACCAAACUGGCUGGGAGUUGGCUUGGCGUUUGGCACCAGUGCUGCCGUGUGGGGUCUUCUUGUCAAGCAGCAUAAUGAAGAUGUAAUGGAAUAUGAAAGAAGAAAACAAGCGAGAGGACAUAAGUGUACAGAAUGCUCAUAGCUGACGACAUGAUCACAAAGAGAUGUGCAGUGCAGGGCCAAGUUAUGUGAUUGUUGUCCUACAAAUAAAUGAGCGCAGAAGACGUGAAAAGUUAUCUGAUUUCUUGUAUGUUCAUACAUUUCAUGUGCAUGAUUAAAAAUAAAUUAUAAACUCUAGAAGAAACCUGAAA